AUGAUGCACUUUUAUCGCCGGUUUCUCCCGAACUGUGCCGAUACAAUCCUACCUGUGACCAGUCUCCUCUCAGGUUCUAAGCGCACCUUUGAACUUACACCAGCAGCACUCACGUCAUUUGAGCAGGUAAAAGCACUUCUGGCUGAUGCCACCCUCAUGACUCGCUUCCAUGCGGAUCCACCCAUAUCUGUGAUGGUCAAUGCCUCCGAUCUUGCUGUUGGCGCGGUUCUUCAACAAAGUCUGCCAGAUUCUACCGCCCCUUUGGCUUUCUUAUCCAGGAAACUAUCCAAGGCCGAAACCCGCUACAGCACAUUCGGACGUGAACGUCUCGCCGCUUAUCUUGCCGUAAGGCACUUCCGGCAUUUACUGGAAGGUCGAGAGUUCACAAUUUUCACUGAUCAUAAGCCACUCACCUUUUCUUUUCGUUCCCACUCUGACAAGCUAAGCCCCCGGGAGAUCCGACACCUGAACUACAUUUCGCAGUUAACUUCAGACAUCCACCAUAAUGACGGGUCACGGAAUGAGGCGGCUGACGCACUCUCCAGACCCUCUAUUUCUCAUCUUCAGCUUUCACCCGGGAUAGACCUCGCUGAAAUGGCCGCUGAACAACGCCGUGUCGGUCCGCCCUGUGAUGAGGAUGUUUCCGGACUCCAUUUUCAGGAGCUACCACUGACAACUGGCAACGGCACUAUUCUAUGCGACGUAUCCACCCCAUCCCAUCGUCCAUUUGUGCCACCAUCUCUCCGCCGCAAAGUUUCCUCCUCCCUGCACAGUCUGUCUCAUCCCGGGAGCCCAGCAACCGACAAGCUGGUUUCCGACCGCUUCGUCUGGCCUGGGAUGCAAGAGGACCUGAAUGCAUGGACACUGGUGUUUCUCGGCUGUAAACGGAAUAAGGUCCAACGGCACAACAAAGCUCCCAUUGGCAUCUUCCCUACUGCGGACUGA